CAAUGCGCUAGUUGCGUGCCUGCGCCGCCGCCAUCUUAUCUUGCCGUGUUCGCGACGUCCGCGAACGAACUAACCGUUGUUAUGUCCAUGCGAUCAUUGUCGCGCUCCUCCGAACAGUCUGAACGUCGUCGCACGUUCGUAUAUCGCACGUUACGCGACGUCGAACUCGCGAGCAACGACAGCAACGUUCGUGUGACUGCGCGUUGGGAUGUUAUUAGAGAGAAAGCGAUUUCUGUCGCAACCGUGCCGAAAACGGACACGAACGUUUUCGUUAUUCGGGAACGCGUCGCGUCACCAAUUUUCACGGUCGUGUGUCUUGUGCUGGAUUCGCAGAAAUACGUCGACUUCGAUAUUGAAACUAGAGAAAACGAUUUCCCGGAAGCCUACGUCGAACGUUUUGUCGAAGGACGUCGUGUUUGUUUCAACCAAUUCGUGGCCAAAUAGAUUCUCCAUGAAUUUCUUUAACCAAUGUAUAGCUGUAUUUUUAUUGGCAAUAAGUUGUAUUAUUCAAGUUACCGUUAUUCUGAGAAUCUCGGUAUAAAGAUGUGCGAAAAUGACCCUUACUCUCUUCAUCUUACUUUACAUAUCAAAUUCGGGCAUUUCGUUAUCCCGAAUACCCCAAUGAGUGAUAUCGUACCGAAAAUAUAACGAGGCUUAUACUCUUAUAGCUUCAUAUCCGCUUCGGCCGUUAAGUGCAGUAUUUGCUUAGCGUAGUGAAAUCUACGUUCUCUAUGGAAUAAUGCUCAAGUGUUACGUUUUUCCUCGCAGUCUUUUUUUUUUAACUUCUAAAGUAAAGAGACGCGACCACGCGUUUCUAACGAAUGAUGUAUCUGGACAAUGCGAUAAGCGCAUAAUUAUAAAUAUAACGUUACAUCUCGUUUUUAUGAAGCUCUGCUUUAAAUAUAAUUUAUCGUUUAAUUUCGAAUAUAUUAUAUACGAAGCUUCUAUUUAUUUAUUCGAUAUCUCGUCGAAAAAUUCUUUCCAGGCAAAAACGAUCGAUUUAAUUGAUCAACUUAAAUUCGACUA